AUGGCGUCCGUCACUGAUUGGUACUUGCUGAUGUUCGCUGUGCUCGGUGUAAUAACUCCAGUAGUUAACAGUCAAUCUGCGGAAGAAUGGAUCAAGCAGGGCAAGGACGAACUUGAAAAAUAUCUUAAAUUGGAACAAAAUACCAAUACUGCUAAAAACGUGAUUUUGUUUCUUGGAGAUGGUAUGGGGAUUGCAACAGUGACGUCAGCAAGAAUAUACAAAGGUCAGUUAGCAGGUCAGACUGGUGAAGAAUUUGUUCUUGGCUUUGAAGGCUUGCCACGUGCUGGACUUAUAAAGACAUACAACACAGAUUUCCAAGUGCCUGACUCUGCCGGAACAGCGACUGCGAUAUUGUCGGGGGUUAAAACCAACAGAGGCGUCAUAGGGUAUGAUUAUUCCGUGAAAAGAACCGACUGUGGGUCUGUGACAGAAGAAGCAAAAUUAGAGAGUAUAUUUGAUCUGGCAGUUAAAGAAGGUAAAUCAACUGGUAUAAUCAGCACAAAAUCCAUCACCAAUGCAUCACCUGCCUCGGUAUAUGCACAUACGCCAGAGAGAAACUGGGAAGCAAUUGGUUUGGGAGGAUGUCAAGAUAUUGCAUCACAGUUCCUCGACAAGUCAUUGGACUUUCAGGUUGUACUUGGUGGGGGAAGAAAAUAUAUGCUACCUCUCUCGGAAACGGAUCCAGAAAAUGCGAACAGCAGAGGAAGGCGACUUGAUAGACGCAAUCUCAUAGAUGAGUGGAUAGAAAGAAUUCCUGAUGGUGUACACGCAGAAUACGUGUGGAAUCAAGAACAGUUUGAUAAUGUUGAUACAGAUAGUACCGACUAUUUAUUAGGACUGUUUGCUUACGAGGAGAUGCAGUUUGAAUGUAGGAGACACAACGACACAGCUGGUGAACCAAGCAUCUCUGAAAUGGUUGACAAGGCCAUUAAAAUAUUACAGAAGAAUGAAAAUGGCUAUUUACUUUUCGUAGAGGGAGGACUAAUUGACACCGCCCAUCAUGAUAACUGGGCAUAUGGCGCCAUCACAGAUACUGUAGCCUUUGAUGAUGCAGUAGAAAAAGCUCUUGAUAUGGUGAACACUGAAGAUACGCUGGUCAUAGUAACUGCUGAUCAUGGUCACGUGAACACAGUGAACGGAUAUCCAUACAGAGGAAAUCCAAUUUUGGGUGUUACAAGUGAUGUUCUGGAAUCCUUUGAUGGGUUGCCGUACACUACUAUAUCGUAUGCCAAUGGACCAGGCGCCGUAGCAGUAGCAGCGUCAUACAGAAUUAACGGAACAAGACCAGACAUAAGUUUGCAAGAUACAGAAGCGCAAAAUUACAUACAGCAAAGUCUUGUGCCUGCACACAGAGAAUCGCAUGGCGGUGAAGACGUAUCGAUUCACGCCGAUGGACCAUAUUCACAUUUAUUCCAAGGCGUACAUGAACAAACUUACAUCGCACAUGUCAUCAAAUAUGCAGCUAGAUUGGGUGAAUACGCAACACAUAGAAGCAACGGUUAG